CGCAACGGCCACGGGCCAGUGCAGUCUUUUGACACCGGUUUGGAUAGACGUAGACAACGACUCCGUAAAAUUAUAAUAUUUCACUACACGUGUAUAAACUGUGCAGUACCUGUAUUUACUUUUUUAUUUUUUUUAAUUGUGUCAAGUCUGCUUUAACUUUUAUAUUUUUAUCUGUGCUUCUUUCUUAAAUCUCAAUUUUCGCGGUUUUGUGAAAAAUUGGAAAGUUUGUACAAUUAUUGUUGUUAUUGGAUUUAAGGAUAAUUGGUGCACCAUUUUUACCAAAACUGCGUGUGCGGGACAGGCGAGGCAGGCGAGGCAGGUGCAGCUGGCCGGCGGGCAGACGCCAUGAGCGGUCGGUAGCGGCAGCAUGAGCGCGCUGCUGUGGCUGGCGCUCGUCGUCGCAGCGCCCACCGCGCACUCGCAAGAAAUUGAAAUUUUCCUAGCUGACGAGGACCCACGAUCCGUGCCGCCCCUCGCGGCCAUAGCGCUCUCUAUCCGUUCCAGACCAAUCCAAGACAGCCGCUGCUACCUAAUGAAUGGCGGCGCUGUCGAGAGCUUCUUCAUUAGCGAGGACACACCUGUGGGCAGCAUCAUUGGCACGCUAAGCGUGAACGGCGACCCGUCGGCGUCGGGCGACAUCUCGCUGUCGCUGCAGGAGCGCGGCGCGGCGCUGGGCAUCGCGCCCGGCUCCAAGAACCUCACGCUGCUGCGCGCGCUCGACCGCGAGGAGCGCCUCGGGCCCGCCAGCCUCUACGUCAACGUGCGCUGCGCCCGCCGCCGCUCCGCCGACCCCAGCUUCGUGAUCCCGGUGUCGGUGCGCGUGUGGGACGUGAACGACAACGCGCCGGCCUGGCUCGGCGCCCCGUACGCGGCGCGCGUGCCCGAGAGUGCGCCGCGCGGCGCGCGCGUGGCGGCGGCGCGCGCCAGCGACCCCGACCAGCCCGGCCCGCACGCCACCGUGCACUACGAGCUGCUGGGGCCCGCCAAGGAGUACAUCGACUUCGCGAGCGAGCUGGACGGCACGAUCGUGAUCAAGAAGCCGCUGGACUACGAGAAGUUCCACAACCUGACGGCGACGCUGCGCGCGCGCGACGGCGGGCAGCCGGCCCGCGCCGCCGACACCACGCUGCACGUGGACGUGCUGGACGCGGACGACCAGAACCCGGCCUUCUCGCACCCGCACUAUGAGGCGCUCUUGGGGGACGAUGUCGAACCGGGCGCGGAAGUGGAGACGUCCCCGGGGGCGAUCUCGGCGCGGGACCAGGACCGCGGCAUCGACGCGCCGCUCGAGUUCUCGCUGAGCCCGGGCGCGGCGCCGCUGCGCGUGGCGCGCGACUCCGGCCGCCUGUUCCUCACCGCCGCCGCGCUCCACGCGCUCGACGCGCUGCCGCUCACCGUCGUGCUCAAGGCGACCCAGGUAGACAACAGCGAUCGGUACGCGCUCGCCACCGUCACCAUCCGGCGGCGCGCGGCCCGCACGCGCGCGGAGUACAGCGCGCGCGUGCCGGAGGACGCGCCGAUCGGCACGCUCGUGCUCACGCUCACGACCACGCCGCACACGCAGACGCCGCUGCAGUUCUACGUGUCGGAGCGCGCGUUCCUGCAGCAGUUCGCGAUCAACGCGGCGGGCGAGCUGCUGCUGCGCGCCGCGCUGGACUACGAGACGGCGCCGCACUACCGCUACCGCGUCAUGGUCACCGACGGACACUCUAACGACACGGCGUCGCUCAACAUAACGGUGGACGACGUGAACGAGUGGGAGCCGCGCUUCCGCCACCCGCUGUACGAGUUCCGCGCCGAGCUGCCGCCGCGCGCCGACGCCGACGCCGACGCCGACGCCGACCUGCUGCCCGUGGGCCGCCUGCUCGUGCACGACGGGGACGCGGCCGACACCGUCUCCAUCUCGCUGCACGGCCUGCACGCUUCGCUGUUCGAGGUGGGGCGGGACGGCGCGCUGGCGGUGCGCGCGGCGGCGCGCCGCCUCAACGUGAGCGCGCUGCACCUCGUGGCCACCGCGCGGGACUCCGGCGCGCCGCCGCGACAGAGCUCGGUGCCGGUGGUGGUGCACUUGGGCGGGGCGGACGAGGCGGGCGAAGCGGGCGGGGCGGGCGGCGGCGAGGCGGCGCGUGCCGGCGGCGUGCUCGCCACCUUCCUGGUCGCGCUCGUGCUGCUCGCGCUCUGCGUGCUCGUGCUGCUGCUCUACAUCUGCGCCAAGGGCUCGCUGCAGAGCGUGUCGGCCGGCGCCUCCACCAUCCUCGACUCCACCUCCAGCCUAGACGUGCGACACGACGCCGCCAACGGGCGGCAGUCGCAGCGGCCCAGCAAGAGCAAGGUGGCGCCCGCGCCGCCCUCGCCCCCGCGCGCCGGGGAGGGGGCGGGGGCGGCGGCGGGGGGCGACCCGGCGCUCAUGAGCGACCACCUGGGCGGCGGCGCGGGCCGCUCGGGCGUGGCGUGGCCCAGCGCCACCAUCCCCGCGCGCGUCAAGAAGCUCAGCUGGGACGACGCGCGCCCCCCGCGCCCCGCGCGCCCCGCGGAGGGCUCGCCGGCGGUGGAGGCGACCAACCCCGCGGUGGCGGACCACAUGAACCUCACCGUCUACUUCUAGCCGCCGCUCGCCGCUCGCCGCCGCCGCCGCCACUGCUACAUAUACACUUCUAAUCUACCAUCAUCUGCUUUUAUUUUAACCGAAUCGAUUGUAUUAUUGAAUUAAUCUAACUGUAACUGGAAUUCUAGCUUCAACUUAGCGUGAUGCCUUCGUCCCACAACACAACGAAGGAAUCAUAAUAUAAACCUGACAUACUC